AUAUCGACAUCAUGAUCAUCAACCGCAGCAGCUCAGCGCCGCGAUCAACUCCAAACCGAAUCCCAACCCAGCUGAACCUCAUUCGACUUCCCACUUUCCCACUUCUAAAAUCCUGAUUGUAAUCCCACCAUCCCGUUGCAAUGCCCCCAAAACCUCGCACAAACUGGGCUCUCUGGGGCAAAAUGCUCGCCGCCGCCUCAAUCUGCUGCAUCGGCGGCCCGGCCCUCGUAAUCUGGGUCUCACCCACGGAAGAAGAGCUCUUCGCAAAGUACAACCCGGAACUACAGAAGCGGAGUUUGGAGAACCGGCUGCAGAAGCAGGAGGACUUUGACCAUUUUGCGAUGAAGCUGAGGGAGUACUCGAAGAGUGAUAGGCCGAUAUGGGUAGCAGCCGAACAAGACGAGCGCAAACAACGCGACGGCAAGAUCGCGGAACAGGCGAAACUCCUCGAGGAGAUGCGCAAGCGGAAAGAGGAGAUGCGGAAUGACGGACUGAAGCCUGUUCCUGGAGGGAGUUUGUGAGAGGAUAUGGUGUAGGAUUCUGGAUGAGAAGGGGAAUCGAAGGAUUGAAGAAGUUGACAUGAUAUGAUAUCCGUGUGUAUCAGUGUGGAAAGGCUCAAAUGGGUGUACAUUACUGCAUGCCGGAAAGGAAUGCGCGGCGGCAAGGCGUUAAAGGACUAUCGAUUACCUAGGGUUGUAUGCUGGGGGAGAUUUGUACGAUCAAUGUGGUUAUGAUCCGGACGGAACAUUCAAAGUCUCAAAUCCCGGUGUUGAGUCGCAUAUGAAUUGGUAUUCGCCUCUCUAUGGUGGUAUCUGGGAUGAGUAUAUAUGUAUUUACUGCAGAAAUGCUUCCCGUCCUAGAUUGGAUAGCAGCAGAGUCUCUGUCUAACGAGCACUUGCAAAACUAAG